AAAGAGGAGCUGAGUGUUGUAUUCGUUCCGUUUUGUUUCGUUUCGUUUUACGAUCGGCUAACUUGAUCGGUAUCGUUUACACAAUGACACUUGACUAUGAAGAGGAGCACGAUCUUCAGCUAUCCCGGUCGAGCAGCGCAGCCGCGAUCAGUGAACGCACCCUUGAAGAAUGUUGGUCAACCCUGCAACGAGUGAGUUGGCAUCUGUUCCGUUGUCUUUUUAUGCACAAAAGCGCCAUGCAGCAAAUACAACAACAAAUUCCUCGCGUCGGACUGGCGACGCACGGAGUUACCGGCACGCCUAACUUGGCUGGCAAUGCUACACCCGGAACGGACACCAAGCCACACCAGUGCCAACAGUGCAUGAAGAGUUUUUCCAGCAAUCACCAGCUCGUUCAGCACAUCCGUGUCCACACUGGAGAAAAGCCGUACAAAUGCUCUUACUGUGAUCGUAGAUUUAAGCAGCUGUCCCAUGUCCAACAGCACACGCGUUUGCACACAGGAGAACGCCCCUACAAAUGCCACCUGCCCGACUGUGGUCGAGCCUUCAUACAGCUCUCCAAUCUGCAACAACAUCUCCGAAAUCAUGACGCCCAAGUGGAACGUGCCAAGAAUCGUCCGUUUCACUGUAAUAUUUGUGGAAAGGGGUUCGCCACUGAGUCCAGUCUGCGGACGCACACAUCCAAAGAGCUACAGCUGCAUCUUGGUGUCUUGCAGCAGCAUGCGGCACUCAUCGGUGGUCCCAAUGCAACAUCCUGUCCGGUGUGCCACAAGCUCUUUCUUGGUACCGAGGCGCUCAUGGACCAUAUGAAACACGUUCAUGAAGAAAAAAGCCCAGCACCAAGUGGAACAGCCGCAUCGCAUUUUAGUGAGAUCAUAAACUGUGCGGGUGGCAACGGAAAUGAUAGUGUAAGUGGGAGCGGACCAAUUGGCUCACAAUGUACAUCCGAGUCCACCUGUGCGAGGAUACCGACACAUCCCCCAACUGGGAGUGGACCAAGCCUCAGCGACAGCUACCUGGGAAAACGAAGAACUGCCAAUCAUCCAUGUCCAGUCUGUGGCAAGCAUUACGUCAACGAAGGCUCUCUGCGAAAGCAUCUGGCUUGCCACGCCGAGACCUCCCAGCUCCCAAACAGCCUUCGCAUGUGGCCCUGUAGUGUGUGCCAGGCUGUUUUCACACAUGAAAACGGCCUUCUUACCCAUAUGGAGUCGAUGCGUAUGGAUCCCAAGCAUCAGUUCGCAGCUCAAUACGUCUUGUCCCGAGCUGCAGCAGAGCAACGAGAGCGCGAGAGCAUACUAGCGGCAACAAUAGCCGCCGGCAGCGCAGGUGCUGUCAGCGCAAUUGGAGUUGGAGAGGCGAGAAACGUACUGCCUAUGGGUGUGACAAACUCAGGAGGAUCCAACUCAAAGUGUCCGUCACCAUCAGCAAACUCGGAAUGUUCUUCGAACGGACGACUCUCGUCGUCAUCAACCUCCGAUCAAGAUCAAGACCACGAUCACGAUCACGGCCUGAGUGAAAACGAGAACAGUAGCCACAACAAUAUCAGCAGCACAAAUAACAACACCCUUUGCACGAACAACAACAACUGCAAUUCCAGCAAAAUGAACCAUGAGCUGCGUCUUCCCAACUCCAGCCAAUACAGUAUGGAUACCGGGCUGCACGUCGCCAAUCGAAUGUCACUUAUGGCAGCAGCAGCCGCAGCUGUAGCAGCAUCCCGACCCCAGGAGGGAGUUGAUUGUUCGAAUGUCCCCAGUGCGGCCGUCCAAGCUGCUGUGGUUAACCUUGCCGCUGCUAUGCGUAUGAACAAUCCCAACAAUGCUACUACCGCACUUGUUGGACACUCUGCGCAUUCCCAUUCCCUCCAGCACCAACAGCAUCUCGGCGAACAUUCUUUGCCACACCAUCAGCACCCUCACCAUCUUCAGCAGCAGCAGCAGCAGACACCACAGCACCAUCAUCAGCAGUUGUCACAUUUGUUAGGGCACGGGCACUCUCAUCCUGGGAACAAUUCCCAUUCUCGCCGUUCGCCGAAUAUAAAUGUGCCGAGCUUGCAGAUGCAAAACGAGUCAUCAGCUAACGCAUCGUCCGUUGCAAUGAACAUGAACGUAAGCAUGAUGCGUGGCUCCCUAGAACCAGACUCAACUUUGGGAGGAAUGAAUGCGAUAGAGGCCCUCCAUCAUCAGCAACAGCAUCAUCACCAGGCGUCAACUUACUCACAGCAUGCAGUGGCUCCUAGUACUCAGCAAGCCCAUUCACAACACAGUCACCACCAUCCAGAAACCGCUCUCCGCAUGCACCAGCAGGCCGAAGCAAUUCUGCGCUCCCAUGAGGCGGCAUUCCGUUUGGCUGCCAGUACUGGCGUCAAAAGCGAGUCAGAACAGCAACAGCCCAAUGGUGGUAAUGGUAAUGGUAAUGCCAGUGUCAACAGUAACGAACAGCAUCGAUUUUCGACACAUCAGCAAGAGCAACAAGUACCGCCGAGCUCAUGAAGCUUGGCGGUGAUGGAGCCCAGUAGGAUAGGUACAGAUAAAAAUACAGAAUCAAGUACAACGAUUUCGUAAUUGCGUCGAUUGCAGCAAUUAAAAUAGGAUUAAAUAUAUGUACACAUAUAUAUAUGUAUGUGCAAACUUCUAUGAAUAUACUAUACCAUAAAUGAGGUACAUAUUUCAAUAUGUAAAUGCGAUUACGUUUGUAUGUACUUACAGCAAUGCCCGUAAGUCAGUGUGCAAUAUUAUAUGGAUCGUCACUUAUCGGAACCAGAUUAGAAAUCAUGUAAAAAAUCCUUUGUGUUAUGUUUACGUUUAUAAGAUUAAAGAAAUAAAUCACUUGUAAAUGAAUUUGCUUGGACUCGAGGGAGCUCAAGUUCGGAUCUCAUAUAUGGAGCACUAGGUUGCCAUGUAUAAUAUACAUCUUGCAUGAAGAGAGCUAUAUCCAAUAUUCGGAAUUCCUGCCAGGAACAUAAUUACGUCACUGAAAAUUAACGUUCCCUAAACUUAAUCUUUGGUUCCUACACUGAGUAUAUAUGUAUAAUUCCUAUGAUAUAGGUCGGACAAAAGAAGUUGCAUUUAAAAUUAGUUCUGAAAAUUCGUUUUAUAUAAUUAAUAUUUCAUCAAUUCUCAUUUUAUCGUUUUCUUGCUCGAGGUUAAUCAAUGAACAUCUUAUAUAGCAAGUGCUUAAGAUCUAUACACAUCAGAAA